CGUGGAGCCCUCACCCCUUUUGCUACCACCACGACCAUCGAGGCAGCCAUUAGGAUCCCAGAUUUUGCAGUACUCACCCACACGACACGAGUGGCUCAAACUAACCCACAACAAAUCCCCAAAACCCUAAUUCCCCAAAGUUUUGAAUUUUGCAGGAAAGACCUACUCGAUUUCUGUGCUCGUUACUGAAGAAGAAGCUAUGUGGGGUGGUGGUAGAGGUGGAGGUGGAGGUGGAGGUGAUAUAUAUUGGGGAAGAAAGGAGGGAGCUGAGUCAAAAGGAAUCGCGGUGAUCUUCGCUUGGGCUUCGAUUCAGGAGCGGCACUUGAAGAGCUACGUGGACUUGUACGCGUCCCUCGGAUGGAAUUGCCUCGUGUCUCAUGCCGAUUUUCUCAGCGCAUUUUAUCCUCAGAGGGCCUUCUCAUUAGCAUAUGUUGUUCUCGAUGAGCUUGUUCAGGAGCUAAGGAUUAAGCCAUGUCCUGUAGUCUUUGUAGCUUUUUCUGGUGGUCCAAAGGCUUGCAUGUACAAGCUUUUUCAGAUUAUUGACGGAACACGUGGUGGUGAGCUGUAUGGGGGUGAAUAUCAGUUGGUCAGAAAUUGUGUUUCUGGACACAUCUAUGAUUCUAGUCCAGUAGAUUUUACAAGUGAUUUGGGUACUCGAUUCGCACUACACCCCUCCAUUCUUAAAAUGCCCGGUUCAUCGAAACUUGUUUCUUGGGUGGCAAAAGGUGUUGCUUCUGGUCUGGAUGCAUUAUAUCUUACUAGGUUUGAAUCCCAACGUGUUGAGUAUUGGCAGGCUUUGUACUCCUCUGUUAACUUGGGUGCUCCUUUUCUCAUUAUAUGCUCAGAAAAUGAUGACCUUGCACCGUACGAUAUUAUCUGCAACUUCGCGCAACGUUUACAAGAUCUUGGGGGGGAUGUUAAGCUUGUGAAAUUGAAUGGCACCCCUCACAUAGGUCAUUACAAGCAUUAUCCAAUCCAAUAUAGGGCUGCUGUGACCAAUUUGCUUCACAAGGCAGCUUCAGUUUUUUCUCAAAAAAUUCGACUACUUGGAGAAAGAAGUAGCAUGGAGGGCAUGCAUGAUGAGAUAUCUGAGCUAAUCUGUGACCUCCAGGAAGUAGCAGUUAACUCAAACCAGAGCCUACGAAGAGUCGCACAGGGGCCAAGCGACCACUUCUUCUUGCCAAGCUCAGCAGAGUAUCACAGUAGUAGAGAUUCUGCGAAUCUACAAGAUGAACAGAAAGAAAGAUCAAUUUAUUUGCCUGACUCCCUAAGCACAAGCAUCAAUGCAAAUAGCGUACUCGGCCAAAUCCUCUUUGAUGUUUGUGUUCCCAAGAAUGUUGAAGGUUGGGAUAUUAAAUUUGGUGGCUCUCUCAAUGGGCAGCCGUUUGCUUCUGCUCGAAGGAAUUCACCUUUUCAUAGUAUUAAAUGUAUUCGUCGGUCAAAACUAUAACAUCUCCUAGUGGUUAAGACUUUUAGGAAACUCUGCUAUACGUUUGCAUGAAUUAUCCAGCAGCCAGCUUCUAAGAUGUUACAAACAAAUCAAACUCCUGCAAGAUGCUUAAAUUAGUAGUGGACUUGAGUUCUCUUGGACAUCCUGUGGAACAGCUGAAACAGUUUCCAUGACUUAAAGCUAACUUUAAUCCUCUGGCAUGAAGUUCAUACAUCAAUAGGGAGGUGUAUGUUUGUUACGAUCUCCUAUCCGCCCAUUCAAUACGCUAUGUAUGUGUGCAGAUAAAUGAGCAUAAGAUCAUAUAUGUAUCCAAUGAGGUGUAUGUUGUUUCCUAUCUGGCAGUGCAAUAAGCUAUAUAAAUGUGCGAGUGAUCAGCUGAUGCUGGGAGAUGGCUGCUAUCAACCAGAAGUGGGGCUUCUGAAAACUAAAUCUCAGUACUGCAGUUGUUGAUGGGGUAAGGAGUUGGUUGACUAAGAUGCUGUAUAGUAUUUUUUUUUUCCUUUUUUCUUUCUUCUUCUUUUGUAUAGUAAUCUCUACAAAGGUCGGUUUUGACGGUGGCUGUAGUUCAAGUAUCAACAACAACAGAUGUGCGAGCUCCUAAUGAUCAAGCAUGAGGCUGGAGAAAUGUACCUUGUAAAUAAGAGGAAGAGUUGAUAGUAAUAUUGUUUUAUCUUCUGUUUGCUCCCUUUUUUAAUUAUUCAAGGAUUAGGACGAUCCUGUAAAUUGGAUAUUUAAUAUCUCAUGUAUUUUUGAUGAA